UUGAAGGCCUUGCGCAGUGUCCCUGUCAAGGCUGGGGCGGUAAAUGAACAAUGUUUCUCUGGUGGCUCUGUGCGUUGUAGUUCACAAUAAUCCUCACGCUGACACCAUCUGGUGCGCAGUUCAUAUUUUUACGUUAAUCAGACUUGCGUAAUUUUUUCAACGUUUUCCGUAAGUGACAGUGAUAACUGAGCUAAGUUUUUUUGAGGCUUACGACGCUCAAACAGCCAGUGCUUUUUUUGUUCAUACAAAACAUCAUGGCGACAGCCGAGACCAGCGUAGGAGUAAUUUUUCGAAUGCUCUUCGCUAGCUACUUACUAGAUACACCAAAAACUGACAUGAACUUCAAGUCCAUUUCAUGUCAACCCGACGUAUCAGUUUGCUACGACAUCUACGGACAGCAGGAAGAGUUCGCGCUAACAGCGCCGUGGUCCGGCACUGCGGACCGUCCGAUGACACUCAUCCCCUUCAGCCCUGCCCAGCUCAACACCACCUUCUUGCUCACUUCCAGCCCCAACCAGACGCUCCCCCUGGUGCUUGAUCUGCACAACAAGACUGUUCUCUACAAAGCACCUCUAAAUCUCGACGGCAAAGUUUACCUAAUCACGCACGGCUAUCGCUCGAAUGGCAGCUCCUCUUGGGCAAAGUUGCUGACCGGGGAGCUGAUGAGAGCCAAUAGCUCCAAUAACGUCGUGGUGGUGAACUGGUCCAAGGGCGCCAACGUCGACUACGCGCAGUCUGUAGCGAAUAUCAGGGUGGUGGCUCGACAGCUCGCCUUCUUAAUCAACAGCUUACAGGUGAUACAGGGGAUCCCGAGUCACAGCUUCCAUCUGAUAGGCCACAGUCUGGGGGCGCACGUGUGUGGUAUCGCCGGCACUUAUUUAAAACAAAGAUACGGCACAACUAUUCAAAGGAUCACAGGCCUGGACCCGGCGCACCCUCUACACGGCGCCCCGGAGCUUAUCACGCGACUUGACCCGAGCGACGCCGCGUUCGUUGAUGUCAUCCACACCGACAACUACGCCAUCCUCGGCUUCCCCAUGACCGUUGGCAUAAUGAACCCAAUCGGGCACCUGGACUUCUACCCUAACGGUGGCGGUCCCCAGCCUGGCUGCAUUGGAGAGGACAUCAAGUGUUCGCAUGCGCGCGCCAUUCAAUUCUUCAUAGAGUCGGUGCGGCAGGAGUGCUCCUUCCUGGCCGUCCGCUGCCCUUCACACCAGAUGCUGCUCAAGGGGGAAUGCUGGGGAUGCAAACCACCUCACGAGUGUUCAGAAAUGGGGCUCAGGACUGUCCCGAUGGACCUGCCUGUCAACUCGAAGUUCUUCCUACUAACGCACGAUUCCUCCCCUUAUUGUGGUCACCACUACUUGGUCACCAUCACUGUGAGCAACAGCACCGUAGCCGCGGACCACGACGGGGAGUUCGGGCUGCUGUAUCUCACGCUCGAAGGCUUCUCCAGUACCUCCAACCCCAUUAGCCUCACCCCAACAACGGAAUAUUACAGCGCGGGAUCUGUGCAUCAGUACGUAGUACUUGCCAGUAACGUGGGGCAGCUACGCAAGGUACGCAUCACCUUCAGGUACCCCGGCCCCUCCUUCAACCCCAUGUCCUGGCGCCUCCAGGAGCCGCGUCUCUUCCUCAGCAAGGUCACAGUGCAGCUGCUCGGCGCUGAGACCUCAUACGAAUUUUGCUUCGACGCAUCGGAACAGAGGAGCGGCCUGGAGUAUGUACUGACACCUAACGAUAUUUGCCGAUGCUCUGCCAGCAGCAACUGCUCCACGACAAAGUUAAAUGUUCCUCUGCUGAAUAAAACCCAGAGUUCGUUUACAGAUAGCGUCAUCUUCUGAAUAUAAUUCAUAGUUGUCUAUAGAUAGCGUCACAAGUAUCUGCGUGACUGAGCCCGUCAAGGUGGCUUGUGAUUAAUGUUUGCCAUGGGAUUGUGUCUUCGAGUUUUGACCUCAUCAAAAUAAUCUUGGAAUACUCAAUAGUCUGCACCGCACAGACAACGGAUGCUCAUUUCUCCACUAGCUCUCAAUCUUUCAUAUGUAAUUUUCAUAAUUAUACGAACGUGUUCCAGUAACGCGGUUUUGAAAAUCUGUAUGAAUGUUAUCAAUGUAACAAUAGUUGGAAAUUUUCGUGGGAAGUAAAGCUUUAUUAAUGAAGGAGACGAAAGUCCUUUAUUGCUCAGAUGUUAGCUGUAAUGUGAUAGUGCCCAUUGUAAUGUAAAUACCAUACCUAAGGUGUUUUGAUGUUACUUUAGCAUUCAUUUAUUCCGAGCGUUUUGCGUUUUUAAAAUUUAUUAUUAUGGACACGGUUGAUGAAGAAUUUAAGUUACAUAGGCGCAACUAAGUUACCCAGUUGAUGGUGAGGUUCACGAGGAUCAGAUUAUAGACAUAUGAAUGUCGCGUCUGUAAACAAGCCAAACUUCACUCGGUUAUACCGAGACCUUGGCGGGUGAAGGCUGAACUUGGUUGGUGAAGGUUGAACUUGGCUGGUGAAGGUUGAACUUGGCUGGUGAAGGUUGAACUUGGCGGGUGAAGGUUGAACUUGGCAGGUGAAGGUUGAACUUGGCAGGUGAAGGUUGAACUUGGCAGGUGAAGGUUGAACUUGGCAGGUGAAGGUUGAACUUGGCUGGUGAAGGUUGAACUUGGCUGGUGAAGGUUGAACUUGGCUGGUGAAGGUUGAACUUGGCUGGUGAAGGUUGAACUUGGCUGGUGAAGGUUGAACUUGGCGGGUGAAGGUUGAACUUGGCGGGUGAAGGUUGAACUUGGCGGGUGAAGGUUGAAUUUAGCUUGGAUCAUGGUUGGUGGAGGUAGAAGUUGGCAGAUUAUUUUAGAAAUCACCUGAUGAGUGUAGAACUUAAAAUGAGGAUGGAAUGGACUUCGACUGGCGCGGGAGCCAAGAAGAAACUUUUCACCUGAAUUUUAUCUAUGAGUUAAAAUUUAUUCCGGCUCCGCCAAAUCGCUGUCAUAACAGAAAGAAUAUGAAUAAGCCAUUUUAUUUAAACUCCUAAAUGGAGCAUCGAAACGCGGGUUUUUUCACAUCGUCGCUCGUUUCUUUAAAUACCUUGAAAGCUGGGCGGCAAAAUUUAUUAUAACAGCAGUGACAGCAAGAAAAAUGUAAAUUAAUAAUUAAGGACAAAACUUUUCUUGUUGAGCAUUCUAACAUAUGUGAGAAGUGUAUCCUACUAUUAACAUGAAUUGAACCUGUUAUUCAUUACUGACUUUUUUAUUCGGGGCAUGUUGAUGCAAAAUAAUCGAUAAUCACGAAUAUUGUGACCAUAGCUGUAGCCGUUGAUGAUAAUUUCCAAAUGAUUGGUCAGCUUAGUAUAAGACUCGGGCGUUCACUGGCUUACAUGUGUACUUGUCUGAGGGGUUGAGGGGUGCUUGUGUCUAAGUCAUGAAGACGCAAACCUUUAUCAUAUUAUAAAUUGCGUGAAGUUCAUAAUAUGGUUACUGCUUAAUUCGAAAUAUUUUCGGCACGUUGUAUAGUAUUGCUUGGAAUAUGAAAGUAUGUUCAGAUUUAUGUCUAAAUAAUACGGCAAUGC